GCGCCGGGGCCCAUGUGGGGAGGAGUCGGAGUCGCUGUUGCCGCCGCCGCCGCCGCCGCCUCUGCUUGUAGCUGCUGGACCCGAGUGGGAGUGAGAGGGAAACGGCAGGAUGAAGUUCGCCGAGCACCUAUCCGCGCACAUCACUCCCGAGUGGAGGAAGCAAUACAUACAGUAUGAGGCUUUCAAGGAUAUGCUGUAUUCAGCUCAGGACCAAGCACCUUCUGUGGAAGUUACAGAUGAGGACACAGUAAAGAGGUAUUUUGCCAAGUUUGAAGAAAAAUUUUUCCAAACCUGUGAAAAGGAACUUGCCAAAAUCAACACGUUCUAUUCAGAGAAGCUCGCAGAGGCUCAGCGCAGGUUUGCUACACUUCAGAAUGAGCUUCAGUCAUCACUGGAUGCGCAAAAAGAAAGCACUGGUGUUACUACGCUGCGACAACGCAGAAAGCCGGUCUUCCACUUGUCCCAUGAGGAGCGUGUCCAACACAGGAACAUUAAAGACCUUAAACUGGCCUUCAGCGAGUUCUACCUCAGUCUUAUCCUGCUGCAGAACUAUCAGAAUCUGAAUUUUACAGGGUUUCGAAAAAUCCUUAAAAAGCAUGACAAGAUCCUGGAAACAUCUCGUGGAGCAGAUUGGCGAGUAGCUCAUGUGGAAGUGGCCCCAUUUUAUACAUGCAAGAAAAUCAACCAGCUCAUCUCUGAAACUGAGGCUGUAGUGACCAAUGAACUUGAAGAUGGUGACAGACAAAAGGCUAUGAAGCGUUUACGUGUCCCUCCUUUGGGAGCUGCUCAGAUAAUUAAAGAAGACAUUGUGGAUUUUAUUACUAACCAGUAUAUUAAUAUUCUUUCAGCUGUAUUUAAACUUGAAGCAAAUAGAAGUAUAUGGCCCUUGAUAAGAAUCUAUCGGGGUGGCUUUCUUCUGAUUGAAUUCCUUUUUCUACUGGGCAUCAACACGUAUGGUUGGAGACAGGCUGGAGUAAAUCAUGUGCUCAUUUUUGAACUUAAUCCGAGAAGCAAUUUGUCUCAUCAACAUCUCUUUGAGAUUGCUGGAUUCCUCGGGAUAUUGUGGUGCCUGAGCCUUCUGGCAUGCUUCUUUGCUCCAAUUAGUGUCAUCCCCACAUAUGUGUAUCCACUUGCCCUUUAUGGAUUUAUGGUUUUUUUUCUCAUCAACCCCACUAAAACUUUCUAUUAUAAAUCCCGGUUUUGGCUGCUUAAACUGCUGUUUCGAGUAUUUACAGCCCCCUUCCAUAAGGUAGGCUUUGCUGAUUUCUGGCUGGCCGAUCAGCUGAACAGCCUGUCAGUGAUACUGAUGGACCUGGAAUAUAUGAUCUGCUUCUACAGUUUGGAGCUCGAAUGGGAUGAAACUAAAGGCCUAUUGCCAAAUAAUUUAGAAGAACCAGGAAUUUGCCACAAAUAUACAUAUGGUGUGCGGGCCAUUGUUCAGUGCAUUCCUGCUUGGCUUCGCUUCAUCCAGUGCCUGCGCAGAUACCGAGACACAAAAAGAGCCUUUCCUCAUUUAGUUAAUGCGGGCAAAUACUCCACAACUUUCUUCAUGGUGACGUUUGCAGCCCUUUACCACACUCACAAAGAACGAGGUCACUCGGACACCAUGGUGUUCUUUUACCUGUGGAUCAUCUUUUGUAUCAUCAGUUCCUGCUAUACCCUCAUCUGGGAUCUGAAGAUGGACUGGGGUCUAUUUGAUAAGAAUGCUGGAGAAAACACCUUCCUCCGGGAAGAGAUUGUAUACCCUCAAAAAGCCUACUACUACUGUGCCAUAAUAGAGGAUGUGAUACUGCGCUUUGCUUGGACUAUCCAAAUCUCAAUUACCUCUACAAGUUCGACGCCUCAUUCUGGGGACAUCAUUGCUACUGUCCUUGCCCCGCUUGAGGUUUUCCGGCGAUUUGUGUGGAACUUCUUCCGCCUGGAGAAUGAACACCUGAACAACUGUGGUGAAUUCCGUGCUGUGCGGGACAUCUCUGUGGCCCCCCUAAAUGCAGAUGAUCAAACACUCCUAGAGCAGAUGAUGGACCAGGAUGAUGGGGUGCGAAACCGCCAGAAGAAUCGGCCAUGGAAGUACAGCCAGAGCAUAUCCCUGCGCCGGCCUCGCCUUGCUUCUCAAUCCAAGGCUCGUGACACUAAGGUAUUGAUAGAAGACACAGAUGACGAAGCUAACACUUGAAUUCUCUGAAGUCUGGAUUAACAUCAUUGGUUUUCCUACUCUACAAUUCUUUCCUCGACCAACGCAACCUCUAGUACGUUUCCAGCUGAAAACAGGAGAAAAACACAUAACACAUUUUCCGAGCUCUUCCGGAUCGGAUCCUAUGGACUCCAAACAAGCUCACUGUGUUUCUUUUCUUUUCUUCUGGUUUAAUUUUAAUUUUCUAUUUUUAAAACAAAUAUUUACUUCAUUUUGCCAAUCAGAGGAUGGAACAAAAACAUAGUAUCUUACAGAUUGUUUACAAUCACAAGGACACAGAUACCUAUCAAGAUGAAGAACAGGCAUUGCAAGGACCCUGCGAUGGGAUGGUUCCGAGAUGGCUCGGCUUCCGCUAGGCCCGGUUUUGACUGGUUGAAACCGGACAUUGGUUUUUAAAUUUUUUGUCAGUUUAUGUGGAGAAUUUUUUCCUUUCCUUCAUAUCCAGCGCAAAGGCACUGGCCGCACUUGCAGGAAAAGUGCAACUUAGAGCAGUACCUUCAUUCAUGAAGCUACUUUUUAAUUUGAUGUAACUUUUCUUAUUUUGGGGAGGGUUGCUGGGUGGGUGGGAAACAUGAUGUAUUUGUUACAUACAGUUUUCUCAUUAUUUAUGAAACUCAACCAUAGAGAACGAUAUGGCUUCUGUGCAAUGGAGGUGGUAUCCGUGAAAGAAGACAGGGGACACUGAUGUUGGGUGACGUUUAUGACAGUCAGUCCCACGUACCUUUUUUGGGAGACAACUUGCACCAGUUUGACUUUUUCUUUUCUUUCUUUUUAAUUUUAAGCCAAAGUUUCAUUACUGACUUUUUAAGUUGCUGCUGCAGUAGAGUCCUGAGCACAUCUCUCAUAACAAGGCACCCCCACACUUCCGUACCCCCAGUUGAACUUCAUAGAAGAGGUUCUGAUACUUUUUUAAGUUUUUAUGGAACAGAUGUGGAAUACAUUUGCCAUAUUUCAGCUGUAACAACUGAAGUUAUGCCUUACUAUGUUCCAGCGUGUAGGGUAAUUGUAGUGUAACCUUUACUAACUCUGAAUUAGAAGAUGGCUAUUUCAGAGACUCUACACCCUCAUUAGAUAGUUUUUUGAGCUCAACCACUUUAGCCAGAAUUUGAUCAAAUUAAAAGUCUGUUGUGGGGAAACCGUAUUUUUGAGUGCAUGGAACAAAUUAUCCUUCCUCUUUCACAUUACAUUGAUACAAAAGACCUUGGCAGCCAUUUCUCCCAGCAGUUUUCAAGAUGAACAUUUAAUUUCAUGCCUUCCCAUGAUAGAAAACCUGCUUUUAAAAUUUCGGGGGUCUAAACUUGGUCAUACAUAAAAAGUAUAUUUCUUAGAAAUUUCAGACUAUUAUGAUCUAUC